AUGAAGGCAGUGGUGAUAACAACAGCAGGAGGCCCAGAGGUGUUGCAAUUACAGCAAGUUGAUGACCCAGAAAUCAAGGAUGAUGAAGUCCUUAUCAAGGUUGAAGCCACUGCUUUAAACCGGGCCGAUACUGUCCAGAGGAAAGGUUAUUACCCUCCUCCAAAGGGUGCUAGCCCUUACCCUGGCCUUGAAUGUUCAGGCACCGUCCUAGCUGUUGGCAACCAUGUUUCUCGCUGGAAAGUUGGUGAUCAGGUGUGUGCUCUUCUUAGUGGAGGUGGGUAUGCUGAGAAAGUGGCGGUUCCAGCUGGACAUGUUCUUCCCAUCCCACCUGGGGUGUCACUCAAAGAUGUUGCUGGUUUGCCUCAAGUGGCUUGUACUGUUUGGUCCACUGUUUUUAUGAUGAGUCGCUUAUGGGCCGGGGAGACUUUCCUGGUCCAUGGUGGUUCAAGUGGAAUUGGCACUUUUGCAAUUCAGAUAGCCAAGGACAAAGGAGCAACAGUAUUGGUUACAGCAGGGAGUGAUGAAAAAUUAGCUUUCUGCAAGAAACUUGGAGCUCAUGUCUGCAUCAAUUACAAGACAGAGGAUUUUGUUGCACGUGUUAAGGAAGAAACUGGAGGGAAGGGUGUUGAUGUAAUUCUGGAUUGUAUUGGAGCAUCCUACCUUCAGCGAAACCUGGACAGCUUAAACUUCGAUGGAAGGCUUUGUAUUAUUGGCUUCCAGGGUGGAGCAGUCACCGAAAUUAAACUCAAUACUUUACUUCCAAAGCGGCUCACGGUGCAAGGGGCUGUGCUGCGACCGAGAAGUCAAGAGAACAAAGCAAUGGUUGUCAGUGAAGUGGAGAAGAAUGUUUGGCCUGCAGUUGCAACGGGCAAGGUGAAGCCUAUCAUCUACAAAUCUUUUCCUUUAUCCGAGGCUGGGGAGGCUCAUCGACUCAUGGAAAGUAAUGAGCAUAUUGGGAAGAUACUUCUUGUUCCGUGAUGCCGGUAAGGACCCUGUCUUGUAGUGAGACAAUGGUGUCGUUUGAUUAUAAAACGAAACACUUGUGAAUCUUGUAUGCGUCAUGUCUUUGUGGGAUAAAUUUAAUCGUUUUACCAAAAUGAUAAUCAUACAAAACUGAUUUGUUGUGAAAUUUUUUAGUACUUUCCAGUGGCAUAUAAUUUAGAAAGAUAUAUUCAGCAA